AUGUGGCACCAUCUCAUCUACAUCUUUGUUCAGAGAGAUACUGACAACCUGCAGGAAUCUGGAACAAAGAGCAGGAGGCGUCACCAUCUGCUGCUCCAGUCUAAAGCCCACAGACAUUCCCCGCUGGAGAAGCCCUCCCACAGCACAGAGUCCCCAGUGUUCAAGCAGCCUCCGCCUCUGGAACCUCCUAUAAGCUCCCCCCCGCCAUCACUCAGAGAUCCGCCCUGGCCGCAUGGAGGCACCCCCCCGCCUGGUAGGCCUCCACCCAGUGAUAGGUCCCCCACCCAGAACCAGAAGAAGGACUCCCCCCAGAACUCGGGAAUUCCAAACCACCGGGUCCCCAGACCCUACAACAAAGUGGCCUCCAAGAGGGAGUGUGACUUGGACAAACACUGCGGCGUCCUUGACCCUGACAGGAAGAAGGUCUGCACCCGCCUCCUGACAUGCAAUUUCAGUAGAAGGUUGAGAGGAUUAAUUUCAGGAUCCAGUCCUUUCACCUUUGAUUUUGACCCAGUCCGUACACAUGACAGUGGAAAAAUUCACUCCAUCCACCAGCGGAGGAAAGUGAUGGGGCGCAGCAAGAACUUUGACCAGCUAGUGGCAGAACUGAAGACCAAGGUCCGUGAAAAAGGGGCCCAAUCCCUGGAUGGAAACUCCCCCAGCCCAGAGGCCCCCGUGGAACAGACGGGGGCCCCACACUGCAGGAGACCCAUGGCCAGCCUCCCUGCGUUCAGUCAGCCUUCUUCUGUGUCGGAGAGCAACACAGAGGAUGAGCAGCAGGACGAGGGGGGGGUCCGAGCCCCCUCACCUCUGGUCCAUGGAAACAUUUCCAGUGAUGAAAGUGAGGCAGAGGGACCCGAGGAGCCCGUUGAGUUCCCAUCUUCUGCUGCACAUCCCAGACCUCUAGCGGUAUGUUCAUUUGGCAGCCAUGCUUUGGGUCACGGCAUCUACACGUUUGACCGCAGACUCCACCACCUGAGGUCGGCUCUAAGCAGCAUGCUGGAGCAGCACAUCAGCGCACACCUCUGGAAGUAAAUACCUCAAGCCACCUGACUUCACUCUCCACCUCC